UUUAUUUUUGGAGCAGCUGCUUGCACCGCCGCUUGCUCCCCAAGACUCCAGUCCACUUCAGGAUGAGAUGGCCCUGUGACACUCUGAGCCGGGAUUAACAAGCAGAGAACAGAUUUUCCCGUCAGCUGAAGCCCAUCACAGGCAGAAACCACAACCCAAAUCUCCACCCCCAGGAGUGUGAAAUGCUGAUGGAGGUGUGUUACAGUAAUGGCCUGGAUCCUGACCUUUCCCAGCAGGAUCCUCCUCCGCUGCUGCCAAAACCAGGCAAAGACAACGCAAGGCUUCAGAAACUCAAGAAGAAGAGAGCCAAGAAGAAAGGCAGCCUUUCCCAAACGCCCAUCCCCUUCCGCUCCUGUUUGUCUCCGGUCAAUGAAGCGAGCACAGACCUGGAGCACAGCGACCAGUCCAGCCCACCAAGGACACCAGACUCAGUCUUCAUUGCAGACUCAUCUGUAUCCGGUUUCCCAUUAGGCUCCCUCUAUGAUCACUCUGCACUUGCAUUCCCUCAUCGUCAGAGCAGCCCUUGUGUACAAAUGGGAUUUUACCCUCCACCCCACCCAGCAGGGGUCAGACCCCCAGAGGAACAGGUGGCUCCGCUGUAUGAGUGCUCCUCGUUUAUAUUUGAUGACGCUGCACCUUUCAUGAUGCCACCAUUCACAUCACCAACAUCACAGCAGGUUCCUCUAUCAUGUCACCCAACUCCUUUUAGGUUUAACAUGACGUCAAAUUCUCAUGGGCCGGUGGCAACAGUCCCUCCGGUUCUUCUGUCAGAGUCCAGCCCUAAAAUAUCAAUGCACAGACUGACUUUAUGCCCUGCUGCCACCAACUCUGGUGCAGGUCCAGCACCUUAUCAAGUUACGGAUCUGUCUCCCGUUCCAGCUCAGCUAUCAGUUGCAAACAAUUAUGCACAAUCUUCCAUUUCCAGCCAGGGGGAGACAAAUGCUAAUUUGAAGGCUAAUCCUCAGAUCCAGACAUUAGCCAGGACUGCCAUGGUCUCCAGCAAUGGCAACUGUGUCCUUCGACAGAUGUCAUCUGAAAUAACUGCCUCAAAAAUAACCUUGGUUGAUGCAGUGAAAGAACCGAAGCUUGAAGGUAUGCAAGGGAAACUUUAUACAUCCAAGGCAACAUUUUAUGAGAUGUCCAAACCUCUGUCUGUACAAGAUCUCACAGUUAUGAGUCCAGUCAACGUGGGAGCAUCAUUUUCUGCUGCAUACAGUGAACAAACAGCAGCGUCAGUGGUGAACAGCGACCAGAAACUGUCUUCACCUUGGCCCCAGAGUGGAGGAUGCCAGAUCCCUUCUUACACACCAGCUCAAAUAUCAAAACCUAUUUUUGAAAUAUCAAAACCCAACCCACUUUUAUCCUCUGCAAGUCCUGCUUUCAACUCCUUUCGAGAUUUACAAGCAGCCUGUGUUCAGAAAGAGCCACUGAAACCCAACCCAGCACUCCAGCCUGGCUUUUCGAAUAUCCCUUUAUCUGUGAUGGAAGAACAGAAACAAGUUGGAGUUCAACAUGCCAACAUUUAUAAAGAAACAGAGAUUCCUAAUACACAGAAGAGUACGUUAAAUCUAAGCUUGGUCAAAACUGAGAUGAACCACAGAGAAAACAUGGCUAUGUCAGCUCUUUCUGUGGUCAGACCUUCACUAGAAAGAUCCCAGGACCCCCAAACAGACUUGUUUUCAGAAAACAAACCAUCAUCUUUGCCAAAAGUUCCAUCCUUUCAUUGUGCACCAAAUCAUUUCAAUCCCACUCUAGUAAACCAAGUCCAAGCACCAUUAAGUCCAAGCCCAGUGAUCUUCACCCAUCAUCCCCCAGUAGUUGAAGCACGCAAGUCUUUGACGUCCCUUUUGGAAACUCAAAUGUCACUGGCCACUUCAAAGUCCAAAUCACGUUCUACAUAUUACGGGCUGACUCCAGCUGAAUAUGCUGCCUAUGGUGGCAUUAGGAGUAGUACAUCGCAUCACCUCUCUACACCUUCCACCGCUGAGGGAACCUCAGAAAAACACCAGAAAGACAAGUCUGUAAAUGGAUCAGAUACCCCAAAGCAUGAAAAUCAGCUCAGUGGACCUGAGGAACCAGGUUCUGUGGUUUACGACAAACGUUUGUUUCAGUCAGAGGUUCCAGAUGACCGUAUUCUCACACAGAGCAGCAAGGUCACCGAGGACAGUCAGUCUGGAGCUCUUAAUACUGGGAUUCAGUCUCUUAAAAGAACUAACAUGGGCACUAUAAAACCCAACCUCGCCUUUGGAUUGGCACAGAAAACAAUACAACCACCCACAAGUGAUGAAUCCUCAUCAAAAGCCUCAUAUUCAGAGGCUCCAGUACCAAUGCCUAAAGCAGGUGAGGUACACAUGAAAAGUCUGGCACAGUUUUCUAUAGAGGCAGGGCUAAAAGCAGCCCAAUACUCCACUGAUAGCAUUGAUACAUCCAGUUUGGUCACACCUUAUAUGAACAUCUUAAAUGCAGAGGCACAGCUUAACACAAAAGGAGUCGCCAAUGCUCAAAAAGAUUCAAAGUUUGGUAAAAGUUCUUUUUCCAAUAAAACCUUUAAUGGAGUCACAAAUAUAAAUGAACAGUCAAGAAAUUUAAGACCAACUCAAAUUAAAAUCAGCCCACCAGCAGUCCAAAGUAUCAACGUUCAACCUACUGCCAAGCUUGUAUCUGCAACACAGAUGCAGGGUCAAUUCACAGGAAGUCAGUGUGUCAAAGCUGCUGCUAAUGGGGAACAACAACCUACCAAAGUGCCUUCAGAAAUCCCACUGCUGAGCACAAUAAUAACUCAAGACAUUUUAGAAAAACAGAUCAAAGAGAUUAGUAAUCCAAAUAAAGUCAGCAAUGAAAAUGUCCUAACAAAUAGGGUGAAGGUAGGUGAUGGUUAUCUGGAUGAUUCCCAAAACGGUAGAAACCCAGAUGCAAAAAUCUUUGAAAAUACAUUAAACAACCAGGAAAUCUUUACAAAAAGAAAAAUUCUACCACAUGAGCCCGUUCAAUCAUCCCUUUGUUGUGGACAUCACAAUAUCUGCACAGACUCAUCCCCUAAGAUGAGUGGCAAAAUUAUCCAUCUGCAUGAUACAGAAACUCAAGUUUGGAGAAAUAAUCAAUUACUGGAAAAAAACCACUGUAUGGUUACAUCAAAUAUACCUGAUGUAAGUAUAACCUUACCAGGUACAGGUACCACAGAAAUGGCCUUACUUGGUACUCCAAUCAAGUCAGCAACUCAUCCCAAUGUAAAUGUUCCCAUUGAGGCAAACCAAUUACAUGAACCCAAAAAAGCAAUGGAAAAGCGAAACACCACACCCGUCAGUGCAGCUGUAAUUGCUAAAUCCAACAUAGGCUGGGGUUGUCCAAGUAAAAGUGUGCAAGCAGAAAAAUUAUAUAAAAACUCGUACUCAGUAAUGGAAGCAACAACAAUAACUGGCCUCAACACUCAAGGGCUUCAGCAUCUUAAUUCUAUAAAUGCAGAAAUCCUUCAGCAGAAGCCAGCCUUUAAUGUUGCUACGACAAACACGAGCAUGUCCAAGAAUGAGUCCAGGUCAUCAGAUAAUCCUCCUACAGAGCACCUUAGAGGUUCCACAAGUAAAACACCACCUGCACAAGCUGUAGAAGCUACUCAACACCUAACUGCACCAUCAAGCAACAUCGACCUGGGCAGUCAUUUAGAGAAUAAUCCAACUAGUGAAAAUCUGCUUCAAAACAAAUUUCAGAUGGUUUUACCAUUACCAGCAGAGCCCACAGUGGCUGCUAAACCAACCUGCAAUGCUCAGCAGUCCAGUAAACCCGUGGUGCCUUCCAGUCCAACAAUCAGGCACAUCCCACCAAAAACUGCUCAGAUCAGGUCUGAUAGAUUUGAGGCGCAAUCAGUAACUACAAACCUUCUGAACAAUUCACCUGAGACACCUUCACACCAAAUUGCAGAUAGAACUACUCAACAGGAGGAAAUCCUAGCUGUCAUGCAACCGAUGAUGGGUCACAAAUGCUUAGCAAGUCCAUUGGCACCAACAAAAUCUUCUUUAACGGCCAUGAUGGAGACACAAGCUUCCAUUUCCGCUACACUCAAAGAGAUCAACACACUGGGUGUUGGAGUUAAACAAGAAACUAAAGCAAUGAAGUCCAGUCAGAUUUCUCUUACUUGCAUGGAUUCAGCAAACUUACAAGCCUCAUCAGAUCACUUAACGUCUGUCAAUAAGCCUGCAACUUCCUCUGAAACAAAUAUUUAUAAUAUAAAUCCCCAAGCUGCCACACACGUUGCUUUAAAUCCACAUUCUCUCAGUAAGACCCAGUCUGUUAAUGAUGCAACAAAAGACCAAAACCCCCUUCAGAGUCCACAAGCUACAGGUAAACCAUGGGCUGCAGUGAGAGCGUCUCCUUUACCCGAACCACGAAUGUGCUUCACACCAAAACAAGCACACACUCCUACCUUACCCCGGCCUGUUAAAACCCCUGUUUCUUUGAACCAUUUGACAGAAUCAAAACCUUCAUCAGAUAUUGUGAAACAACAGAUACACUCUCCUCUUCCACCUUAUCAAAGUAACACACCAACUAGUAUUGUUCAGGAGUCUGAUAAGUCAUUAACGAUGAAUGAGUCAAAGCCAGAAACAAAACUGCCAACAAGUAAAGACACUUCUGUCCCUGGGAUAAAGGCACAUUCCCCAGUGCACCACAUAAAAACAGACCACUCUUCAUAUUCUUCUGUUGAAGGAACUCUUUCCUCACCAAGCAUCAAUAACAGUAAACCAAAACCUUCUACUCAGAACCUAGACUCCUCUUCAGCCAUAGAAAUAAGCCCCCCAGUGGUAAAAACAGAAUCCUCAAAGACUCCUAAUAACGUUGAGUGUUUGACAGAGCAACCACUAGACACCACUGCCUCCGCAGAGCCAGCAACAGGUACUGACAUGAAACCAUCCAUAGUCAAAGAUGCUGUGAUUGAUUCUGCCACUCCUGCCUCUCUGCCUCAGGCCUCAGUCUCAGUAAAAGCUCCAGCACCAAACAGAGGAACAUCACCGCCAUCUCAGCCACAAACUGGCCUAAAAAUCAAGGACAUACUGAAGGCCAAAGACAGAGCUGCACCAAUGGAAACUCCAGCAGUGGAAUCCUCCAUGAAGUCAGUGACAUCGACUGCAUCUUCAGUUACUGACAAAAGCUCAGUUGCAGAGGGGACCCCACCCACACCCACUCAGCCAAAAGCAACCCAGAAGCCAAAGGGCCUCAAGGGUAAACUCAGUGGGUGGACAAGGCUGAAAAAACACAUGGUUGUUGAGCCAGAUGAACCAACAUUCCCAGAGCCAGAGGCAAAAGCUCAGAUCAGCCCCAGUGUCAGUGAUGGGAUUGCAGACGAAGUCUCUGGGGAGCCAGCUGCAGGACAACCUGCCAAUCAGGAGAUCAUGAAGAACAAAGAAGGUCCAAAGGCACUGAAGAUGUGGGAUGCACUCCUUUUUCAAAUGUUCUCCACCAAGGAAAAAAUCAUGGAUCAGAUCAAUGCUAACAAGAAGGACCCAGAAAAGAAAAAGUCAUCCAAAGACGACCAGUCAGCUGUUCCUUCUUUUGUUAACCGUCUGCCAGUUUUAUUGUACAGCCCUCGCUUUGAUGCUAGAAAGCUGAAGGAAGCGGCAGAAAAACCUCUGUCAAAAAUAGCAUCCAUUUUUGAAAUGGGACUGAUAAAACGCAAAUGUCAGGAGGACGAACGCAAGGAUUUCAACAGAACAGCCAAAGGGUUUGGUUCAACCAAAGCUACUGAUUUACCUGAUGGGAUUGAAGAAUAAGGUCAACUAUAAGUGAUUUGUCCUAUUUGACAAAAUAUGAAUUUAUGCAAAGUUUUGGGCAGGUAGAGGAUGACAUGUACAGAAUGAGAACAUUUAGAAGAAAAUGAUCCUUAUUGGAAUUCUGAAUGUUUGUAUCAUCAAAACCACCUUUUUUCCCCACACUUAGCCUGAUGUCGGACUUCAGUUACUCAUAUUUUAAAUUUUAUUUAGAGUAAACAAAUAAAGUUCAACUAUUUCAUUUCAACUUCGUGUUACCUAUUUUGUAGAAAAAUGUACUUAAAUCCAAAUUCAAAAAUACUUGAAUGAUCCCAGAGAGAAAUUAAAGGUUUUAGUAUUUAAGUGCCGUGAAAAACCAAUACAAAAUAAAAGUAUUAUUAUUAUUAUUAUUAUUAUUAUUAUUAUUAUUAUGAAUAAUUUCAUUAAAUAGAUAAAUAAAAAAGACAAGAAUAGGCCCCUAAAAAUCAUAAUAUACUGCAUGGUACGCCAUGAUGCACAGUUCUUGAAACCAUCAAAGUGAGACUAAACAAAAGUGUGAUCAGUGAUGUAAGCUGCAUCUCAAAUAUGUGUUUUUUUAUUUGACAUCAGCCUAGCUGUGACUGUGGUCUGUAGUCUGUUUGCAAUGCUUUUCAUUUUUUCUAAUAAAAUAAGAUAAAAAAAGCUUUUAGUAUUUCGCUUGCGGGCAGAUUUUAUUCUCUGUGAUCAACAGGGCUCGUACAUUCCUGAAACAACGGCAUAGAUUUGGAGGGAAAAUCAAGAUGAAUGAGGAGAAAAGACACAGGUGAUGUUAAAUGAAGUUGUCUGAAAGUCAGGUAUGGAAGGGUGGAGACAGUCAGGACAAGAAAAGUCUGAUUUUAAAAAUAUGUAAGUGAUCCUACUGAGAUGUUGGCAGAUUUUGCUAGACAUGCUAGCACCUAUAGCUGAAGCAUCUUGAGAUUAUACAAUCUGGCUUUAGAACACGCAUCAAAUAAUGAGAAGGUAAACAUUGUAACUCAGGUACCAGUCAUCCAGGCUAAAAUGAUAAAUGUGUCCAUUCAACAAAUGCUGAGUGCUGCUUACAAACCUUUGCCUAAUGAUGAAACGGUUGGCCCUGAAUUCUGGUGAGUUGUUUUGUUUUGAGAUUCUAAUCAGUAUGAAAGUAACUAAACAAAAGUUUUGAGGAAACUGAUGAUGGUGAUGAGAGCUAGAGUGAAAAGUUCAGAAGAAGUAUAGAAAUGUGUUGUUUCAGAGGCUUAGAGAGUUAUGCUGCUUCCAUAGAAGUUGUAAUAAAUUGUUGUAAACAUUUUUUUACAUCUACAAUUCAUUUUAAUGUUUCUUUUCUUAAAGUAGAUUUUUUAGUACGGAAGACUGAAGUUCCAUUUAAGAUCUGCUCACUGUGACAUGUGAAUAUGCAUAAAGAAUUAAAAAAUGUUGUCUCCAA